AUGAACAACACUAAUAAAGAAUUAACAAGCUUUCAAAAGAAAAGAUUGGAAAAUAUAAAGAGAAAUAAUGAUCUAUUGAAAAAAUUAAAUUUAAAUAAUAUUAUUAAUCUUCCAAAAGAUACACAAUUGAGAUCACCAAAUCACCAAAGGAAAAAACAAGUGAAAUCAGUUUCAAAGACUACUAAACGAGUUAAAAAGGAGAAACCUGCUGCUAUACCAACUAGAAGAUCGCGUCGUUUACAGGGUCAAUCGGCUACAAUUAAUGGCGAUGAAACUUCUAAAUACUUAGAUGACAAUCUAGAACCUAAAAAGAAUGUGAGUAACGGAGAAAACAAUAUGUCACCUGCACCUUGGGAAGAUAUUAAAAUCUUGGGCGAUGUUAAAUUAACUGAUAUAAUACAGGAUACAGAGAAACUAGAUAAAUUAAACUCGUUAAAAUUAUCAAGUGGUGAUUUCUUCAAUGAGCUGCGUGAAUUUCAAAGAAAACAGAGUAAUAAUGUGGAUCAAGGUGAAUUAAUGUCUCUAUCAGAUAAAUAUGAAAGCAUGAAUAUGAUUGAAGCAAAAGUUAUCUAUGAGAGAAUCUCCUCUCUUUAUACUCAUCCUGAUAAAAAUCAAAAAAUUAUUAUUGCAGGUGAUGUUUCAGGGAAUAUUGGUCUUUGGAAUGCUAACUUUAAACAAUUUAUAGAAGACAAUUAUGAUCCAGACGAAGAUAUUACAAGAUUCCAAUUAUUCAAUAAGAAUAUAUCCAAAAUAGAUUGUUUUCCUAAUCAAUCUGAAAAUUUAUUAGCUACUAGUUAUGAUGGUAGAGUCAGAUCAAUAAAUUUAGAAUCAUUGAAAAGCGAUGAAUUGAUUACACUAAAGAAUGAAUACGAUGAUAUCUUAGGAGUUAGUGAUUGCCAGUUUAGUUAUUCUGACCACAAUAUGUUAUAUAUCACUACUCUAAGUGGUGAAUUUACUCAGUUAGACGUAAGAGAAAACAAUAAAAGUAUUACUUUCAAAAGAUUAGCCGAUAAGAAAAUUGGUUCUAUGUGUAUUAACCCCCAAAAACCAUACCAGAUUGCAACUGGAUCUUUAGACAGAACUUUGAAACUAUGGGAUAUUAGAAAAAUCGUCAAAGAACCAGAAUGGUCACAGUACGAUGAUUUUUCAAGCUAUGAAGUAGUUGCAAAAUAUGAUUCUCGUUUGAGUGUUUCAGCUGUUUCUUUUUCUCCCAAUGAUAAUACUUUAGUAUGUAACGGAUACGAUGAUACAAUUAGAUUGUUUGAUGUUAGUGAUACAGGUUUAACAUCUGAAGACUUAGUGCCCAAAUUAACAAUUAAACACAAUUGUCAAACUGGGAGAUGGACCAGUAUUUUAAAAGCUAAAUUCAAACCUAACAAAAAUAUUUUUGCCAUUGCUAAUAUGAGUAGAGCUAUUGAUAUAUAUACUAGUCAGGGACAACAACUUGCUCAUAUGAGAACACCCACGGUUCCUGCUGUAGUGAGUUGGCAUCCCUCUCAAAGUUGGAUUACUGGAGGCAACUCAAGUGGAAAAGUGUUUUUAUUUGCAGAAUCACCUUCUACAUAA